AUGGCUUCCAUGUGUGAUGGUUCUGCACUGACAGCAUUUGAGGACGUGGUGGUCGUCACCAUCCACACUGGAGACCAGCACGCCACCGGCAACUGGGGCUACCUGGACCAAGUGGCCGCACUGCGCUGGAUCCAGCAGAAUAUUGCCCACUUUGGGGGCAACCCUGGCCGGGUCACCAUUUUUGGACUCUUCCACGGAGCCAUCAUGCAGAGUGGGGUGGUCCUGCUCCCCUGCUUCAUCGUGAACUCAUCUGAUGUGAUCUCCACAAUGGUGGCCAACCUGUCUGCCUGUGACCACGAGAACUCCAAAGCCUUCGUGGACUGCCUGCGGGGCAAGAGUGCAGAGGAGAUGCUGGCCAUCACCAAGCCUGAAGGGACACAGGCUUUGGAAGCUGCCACUGAAGUGCGUGCCUCUCCAGGGGCUCGGGAGUGCCUCGCUGGGUUCACAUCCACAGGCCCUGAUCCGCCCCUGGAGCGCCUGGCGCAGCCCUGGGGGCCACAGCAGCCCACAUGCGGACCUGCGCCAGACCAUGGGGCCGCACCGACUGGACGCGCCUUGGCCUGCGGGCUCCUGCUGCUCCUCCUUGUCCCAGCCCAUGGCCACGACUCUACCAGCCCCAUCCGGAACACGCACACAGGGCAGGUGCGCGGGAGCCUGGUCCACGUGGAAGGCACCGAUGCGGGCGUCCACACCUUCCUGGGAAUUCCCUUUGCCAAGCCACCUCUGGGGCCGCUGCGGUUUGCACCUCCUGAACCUGCUGAAGCUUGGAGUGGAGUGAGGGACGGGACCUCCCACCCAGCCAUGUGUCUGCAGAACUUGGCUAUGAUGGAUCAAGAUGUUCUACAGCUGAUCUUCAGCCUGCUCUCAAUCCCCAUGUCCGAGGACUGCCUGUACCUCAGCAUCUACUUGCCUGCACAUGCCCGUGAGGGCUCUGACCUGCCUGUGAUGGUGUGGAUCCACGGUGGUGGGCUGACUACGGGCAUGGCUUCAAUGUAUGACGGUUCUGUGCUGGCGGCAUUUGAGGACGUGGUGGUCGUCACCAUCCAGUACCGCCUGGGAGUCCUGGGCUUCUUCAGCACUGGAGACCAGCACGCCACCGGCAACUGGGGCUACCUGGACCAAGUGGCCGCGCUGCGCUGGGUCCAGCAGAAUAUUGCCCACUUUGGAGGCAACCCUGGCCGGGUCACCAUUUUUGGCGAGUCUGCAGGUGGCACGAGUGUGUCAUCCCAUGUGGUGUCACCAGUGUCCCAAGGUCUCUUCCACGGAGCCAUCAUGGAGAGUGGGGUUGCUGUGUUGCCUGGCCUCAUCACCAGCUCAUCGGAGGUGGUCUCCACAGUGGUGGCCAACCUGUCUGGCUGUGGCCAGGUGGACUCUGAGACCCUGGUGCGCUGCUUGCGGGCCAAGAGUGAAGAGGAGAUGCUGGCCAUCACCAAGGUCUUCAAAAUCAUCCCAGGGGUGGUGGAUGGAGUCUUCCUGCCCAGACACCCCGAGGAGUUGCUGGCAUCUGCUGACUUUCAUCCCGUCCCCAGCAUCAUUGGUGUCAACAAUGAUGAGUAUGGCAGGAUCCUCCCCAAGCUCCUGUUCUCCACAGACCCUAAAGAGGAGAGAGACAGAGGGGCCAUGAAGGAACUAAUGCAUCAAGCAACAAAACAGCUGAUGCUGCCUCCCGCUUUGGGGGACCUGUUGAUGGACGAGUACAUGGGGAGCAAUGAGGACCCCAAGACCCUCAUGGCCCAGUUCCGGGAGAUGAUGGCAGACGCCAUGUUCGUGAUGCCUGCACUCCGAGUAGCACAUUUCCAGCGUUCCCACGCCCCUGUCUACUUCUACGAGUUCCAGCAUCGACCCAGCUUCACAAAGGACCUCAGGCCGCCCCACGUGAGGGCCGACCACGGCAAUGAGGUUGUCUUUGUCUUCAGAUCGUUUCUCUUUGGCAGCAAAGUGCCCCUCACUGAGGAGGAGGAGCUGCUGAGCAGGAGGGUGAUGAAGUACUGGGCCAACUUUGCUCGCAACGGGAACCCCAACGGCGAGGGCCUGCCGCACUGGCCCGUGUUCAACCAGGAGGAGCGAUACCUGCAGCUGAACGUGCAGCCUGCAGUGGGCCAGGCCCUGAAGGCCCGCAGGCUCCAGUUCUGGACCCACACCCUGCCCCAGAGGGUCCAAGAGCUCAGGGGCGCUGAGCAGAAGCGCACAGAGCUGUAGCUGCCAGUGUAGGGGUGCGGGACAUGGACUCCAGUGCAGGUGGGGCCCCGAUGCACGCACACUCAUCCACAGAGGAGCCUUGCAUUCAGCACUCUCACGCAACCACUCAAUCCUCCUGGCCUCCGUCCACUCAGCAGACCAUUGAAGAGAAUCCAUGGCUUGAGAUUCAUUGCCAAGCCUGCCCUGGGGCCCUUGAGUGAGAAUCACUCAGUACAUCCACAUGGGGCUGUGCUGGACAUCACCAGUGCCUGCCCAGCUUCCUCAACACCCACUGGGCCUGAGUCCCUAUGAAUGUCCUCAGCUCUACCCACUUACCUCUCCUGUCCUCCCAGCCCCAGGCCCUCCCCAUGUGGAGGGAUCUGCGUUGGGGAUUGUUGCCCACCCCUGGGUGCCUUAAGCCCUGUCUCCUGCUCCUCAACCCAGCAUGCCCUGUGAUCUCACAUCUUUAGUGGCCACAACACCAGGAGCCACCGUGGCUUCAAUUCUGGAUGCUGCCAUGUGUGGCGCCCUCAAUCCCAUCCAUGCAGCACAAAUAAAGGGUUCCAGUCCUUUCACGGCUGAGUCACGUUCACCUGAGUGAACCUGCCACGUUUUCUUAGACCCUCAGCUCUCAAGAGACACCUGCUUACCUCCACAGCUGGGAUACCAUGAAUCAUUAAUGCAGUAAACCUGGAGUGUAGGGCUGUUGCUUUGCACAGGGGGUUAAGCCUCUACCCAUGUUGCUGGCAUCUCAUAUGAGUGACAGUUCAGGUCCCAGCUACUCCACUCCUGAUCCAGAUCUCUGCUAAGGCACCUGGGAAAGCAGCAGAGGAGGGCCCAAGUGCUUGGGCCCCUGCCUCCCUCGUGGGGUACACAGAUAAUGUUUCUCCCCCUGGACAUGGCCUGGGCUAGCCCUGGCCAUAGUGGCUGAGAGAGCCCUGGGCUGAGCAGAGGUCAAGGCCAGUUCUCAGGAGGCAUAAAGUCAGCCUUCAUGAGCCAGGGUCCACGUCCCCUGGGUGCUCCCGGGCCCAGGCUGC